UAUUCAAGCUGCAAUAGAAGCACAUGAUCCAUACUUUGUCCAAGGAAGAAAUGCUGCUAGAAUGCUCGGUUUGUCUUCGCUUCAAAAGAUGACGACAGCAAUUCGGAUCCUUGCUUAUGGGGUAUCGGCUGAUUUUUUAGAUGAGAUUGUGAGGAUAGGAGAAAGCGCCGCAAUAGAGAGUCUAGAGAGAUUUGUCAAAGCGGUGAUUGAGAUUUUUUCCAGUGAAUACUUAAGGUCACCCACUAGCAAUGACAUUGCUAGAUUGCUAACAGUUGGUGAAUGGCGUGGAUUUCCUGGGAUGUUGGGUAGCAUUGAUUGUACGCAUUGGAAAUGGAAGAAUUGCCCAACGGCAUGGAAAGGAAUGUAUAAUGGUCAUAUUCGCGAACCGACUGUUAUUCUGUAAGCCAUAGCGUCAUAUGAUCGAUGGAUAUGGCACGCAUAUUUUGGAUUACCGGGAUCAAAUAAUGACAUCAAUGUGCUAGAAAGGUCAACAGUAUUUAGUGAAUUGGCCCAAGGGUGUGCUCCUCCAGCCAAUUACUCAAUCAACGGUCAUAACUAUGCAAUGGGAUAUUAUCUAGCGGAUGGUAUAUAUCCUCGAUGGUCUACAUUUGUGAAAACAAUUCCGUGUCCGCAAGGAAACAAGAAAAAGUUUUUCGCAGCAGCCCAAGAGUCAACAAGGAAGGAUGUAGAGUGUGCAUUUGGAGUGCUUCAAGCUCGUUUUGCGGUUAUACGUCAACCUGCACGUUUUUGGAGACUUAGCAUGCUCAAAGUUAUUAUGAAGGCAUGCAUAAUACUGCAUAACAUGAUCAUUGAGGACGAACGAGAAGAUGAUACGCAAGACUAUGAAUAUGAUAGGAAUGAUGGACCUCCCCUCGAACCAGUAUCGCAUGAGCAGACUAUGGAAUUUAUGGAGUUCAUUCGACGCCAACAUGCUAUUCGAAGUAGAGAAACUCACUCCCAACUUCAAUUAGACCUUGUCGAGCACUUAUGGGAGCGACAUAGCCAGUCGUAGGAAUUUGUAGUAGUAAAUUUCAUUUAUGCAAUUAUGUAAUCUCAUUUUUUCAAGUAUCUAAUCCCAUUUAUGAAUGUAAUCCCAUUUAUGCAAUCAUGUAAUUCUCAUUUAUGUAAUUCGAAGACUUAUGUAUUUUUUUUUCUA